AUGAGCAGCUCAGUCGACGAGAAGAUCGUCGGCAAGCACGAGGUCACUCCCCUCGACAAGGAGAUUGCCAAGUGCCUGGUAUACAUCGAGUCCAGCGGCAACGCCGAGCUCAAGGGCGAUAUCAAGAACAUCGCCUUCUCGCACUGCAAGGAGGUCGAGGUGGGAGCCCUCAAGAAGAGCGCUGUCAUCAUCUUCGUGCCCUACCGUGUGUACAUGACCCACGUCCGCCGCAUCCACGGACGCCUGGUCAUCGAGCUCGAGAAGAAGACCAAGAAGCACGUCGUCCUCAUCGCGCAGCGCACCAUCCUCCCCAAGAACUUCAGCGGCAAGCAGUUCCGCAUGAGGCCCAGGAACAGGUCCCUCACCAGCGUCCAUGAGGCCAUCCUCGAGGAUAUCGCAGCGCCCACGGAGAUUGUCGGCAAAGUCAUGCGCGUGAAGCGCGACGGCAGCCGCGUGCUCCGCGUCUACCUCGACCCCAAGGACAAGCAGAACGAGAGCAUCGAGGACAAGCUGGAGACCUUCGCCGCGGUGUACAAGAAGCUCACCAACAAGGACGCUGUCUUUUCGUUCAAGGUGACCGCAUAA